AUGACACAGCGCCGGGAGCUCGAUAACUACAGCGAUGAGAUACAGAGCCUAAAGAAGAGGCAUGCACAAGAGGUGGAUGAAUAUGAGGCGGGGCUGCGGAAGAAGGACAGGGAGAUGCGGGAGCUGAGAGAGGAUCUGAGGGUUGCGCAGAGCGAUCUGGAGAGGGAGAGGGAAACGGUGACGUCCUUGCGGGCGACCAUCUCAUCUCAAUCGACCGCGCAGCUUACCUUGGCCACGCAAAAGAACGUGCUGCAGGCUCAAUGCGACGCGGUACAAGCUUCGUUGGAUGCUGCUACUGCCACUAUCUCCCAACUUCAACUGGACUUGGAGAGCUCGCGGAAGAGGAUUGCGGAGCUCGAGCAAGAUGCCCGGGAAGCUGAGGGUGUGCGGAGGAAGCUGCACAAUAUGGUGCAAGAGCUCAAGGGCAAUAUCCGCGUCUUUUGCCGUGUUCGACCGAUUCUACCGAAGGAGGCAACUGCAAGUAUAGCCUACCCUGACCGCCGAGAUCAUAAAGAGAUUGUGCUCAGCUCGUCUAGUGAGAGCGCCACUGGCCAAGAGAGGAAGGAAGUGUGGAAUUUCAGCUUCGACCGAGUCUUCGAACCCGACUCAACACAGGCGGAGGUAUUCGAAGAGGUAUCACAGCUGGCGCAAAGCUGCGUGGACGGGUACAACGUCUGCAUCUUCGCCUAUGGCCAGACCGGGUCCGGCAAGUCGUUUACCAUGGAAGGUGGCCCUACUGAGAGCACAGCGGGUAUGAUCCCUCGUGCAGUUGAGCAAGUCUUUAGCGUGGCCGAGGAGCUCAAGUCCAAAGGCUGGGAAUACAAGAUGGAGGGACAGUUCCUCGAGAUUUACAAUGAGACCAUCAAUGAUCUUCUGGGUAAGGACGAGUUCGACAAGAAGAAGCACGAGAUCAAGCACGACAAAUCCGGCACGCGCGUGACGGACAUCGUCACCAUCCCGCUCCGCUCAGCCACGCAGGUCCGCUCCCUGCUCGCCAUCGCGCAGUCGCGGCGGACAGUAGCUGCCACGCUCAUGAAUGAGCGCUCCUCCCGUUCCCACUCCGUGUUCACACUCAAGAUCCAGGGAAAUAACACGCAUACCGGCGAAACGUGCGAUGGUUCGCUGAACUUGGUCGACCUGGCUGGUAGUGAGCGGUUAAAGGAGAGCGGCGCUGCUAAUGAUAAGGAUAGGCUCAAGGAAACGCAGAGUAUCAAUAAGAGCCUGAGCGCCCUUGGGGAUGUCAUUGCUGCCCUCGGCGAGAAAGGCGAGAAGGGAGAGAAGCAUAUACCAUAUCGAAAUUCGAAGCUCACUUACCUACUUCAAAACUCACUAAGUGGGAAUUCAAAGACAUUGAUGAUCCUCAACGUCUCUCCGCUUGCCGUUCACUUGGGCGAGUCCUUGUGUUCCCUGCGUUUCGCCACUAAGGUCAACAACACGACGAUCGGCACGGCAAAGAAGCAAACGCGAAGCGCUAGCUAAAGUCCGACUCGUCGUACUUGCUGUAAAUUAUUUCCUGUUGUACUUGCAUUCGUUGAUUGCAUUGUAAUGCCAUUGUACAUACCUCAUGCAUAUCCGGUCAUUCAGACACCAGACGACCC